CUGAAUGAGACGAAUAUGGAGAACUGAGCCGCAUGCAUCUUGCAUGCAGCAGGUCGGAGGCCGUUGUGCAUCGUCCUGAUGGCAUGUUUUUUGGAUGACUUGACUUGCCGAUUGCUUAUUCAAUCGAGUCAGUGGCUCAGCUUUACUCAACUGUGCCACUUCUGGUACUCACCUUAGCAACGCGCAAGAUUCCUCACUAGAGCAAAACGAGGUGUCCAUUGCAAAACGCACAGCUGCAAUCUGCAAUGUCUCUCCUUCAGCGAACACUCCAGGCGUCGGCUCGGAUACCAUACCAACCCUCUCUACGUCUUCCCCGUCUCCAAAAUCUCUCGCCAAGCCCAUGUCCUGCCCUUACCAACUCUCGUCGUUAUCGUGGAGAGAUUCUCGGAUCACGACCAACGCCCAUUAAACCAAAGACUAUCUUGGUUGGGGACCCUACGGCAACUGUAAAGCCAGAUGGGACAGCCAUUCAAACAAAAGAAUCUCUUCCGUAUCUGGUAAAGAGAACAUCAAAAUCGGGAUGGCUGCCAGUCUACAGAGAAUUUAAACAUGGCAAGACACAGACUUUGACUAUCAUUCGAAGGGUGGAUGGGAACGUCAAACAACUGGCCGAUGACCUUCGCCAAUUCGUACCAUUUGAUCGGAUAGAGAUAAAGGAAUUACAACGGCAUGUUGUAUUGAAAGGGGAUUAUUUGUUUGCAGUGCGUGAUUGGCUUACGGCGAGGGGAUUCUGAAGGGGGGACGAUAGGUCACAUAGAGGGUUUAUGGUGUAUGGAACGGAGUCUACACUAUGCUGCUUAGAGUCUUCGAUGUGGAUAUCGGAUAGGAUAAUUUAUAGCUUUGCUGCUGCAUGUGUACUGUACAUUAUUUGGGAGGCCGAGAAUACCAGUUUGCUCGGCACAACACCAUCCACACGUGACCUUGGUCAACCCA